UGCUGUAGUACACAUAGACGUAAAAUAGGUUUUCUACUACCACAUACAAAUUUGUUGCACUUGAAAGUUAAAGCUUCGUUUUAAUUAGUUUUUGAAAUUUUAUCGGCCAACGUAGUCAGUUUCGGCAUUUUUGUAGCAGUACAUCCAUGCAUUUCGUAAUCUGUAAAAGAUAACACAGUAAAAUUUGUUAUCACAUCGAAGAAUAUUACAACGUCCAUCUGGAAAUUUCACAUCUCCUAGCGAUCUCAAUCUCAUCUUGGCCAAGAAUACUCGAUUGGAAAUAUACCUUGUAACUCCAGAGGGUCUCCGCCCUAUCAAAGAAGUUGGCCUGUAUGGAAAAGUGUCUGUGAUGAAGUUCUUCAGACCACCACUCGAGAAGAAGGACCUGCUGUUCAUUGUUACGGCUCGCUAUAACGCGAUGAUUCUCGAGUGCGUGGGAGAGGGAGACAACUUGGAGAUCAUCACAAAGGCGCAUGGCAAUGUGGCAGACCGUAUAGGGAAACCCUCAGAAACAGGAAUCAUUGCAGUGAUUGAUCCUGAAGCGAGAGUGAUUGGCCUGAGACUGUAUGAUGGACUCUUCAAGAUCAUCCCUCUGGAGAAGGACAACAGUGAACUGAAAGCCUCCAGCAUUCGGAUGGAGGAGUUGCAAGUCCAGGACCUGGAAUUCCUGCAUGGGUGUCCAAACCCAACAAUCAUCUUGAUCCACCAGGACCUGAAUGGCCGCCAUGUCAAGACACAUGAGAUCUCGCUUCGAGACAAGGAGUUUGUGAAGAUCCCAUGGAAGCAAGACAAUGUGGAGACUGAAGCCUCUAUGGUAAUUCCUGUUCCAGAGCCACUGUGUGGUGCCAUAAUCAUUGGCCAGGAGUCAAUCCUGUAUCAUGACGGUAGCACCUACGUGGCAGUUGCGCCCCCAGUUAUCAAGCAAAGCACCAUCGUGUGCUAUGCCCAGGUGGACUCAAACGGUGCACGGUACCUGUUGGGUGACAUGGCGGGUCACCUUUUUAUGCUACUUCUUGAACAGGAAGAGAAAAUGGAUGGUACACUCACUGUAAAAGAUCUAAAAGUGGAAUGUCUGGGUGAGAUCAGUGUACCUGAGUGCAUCACCUAUCUGGACAAUGGAGUGCUGUUCAUUGGUUCGCGUCUCGGAGACUCGCAGCUCAUCAAGCUGAACGUGAAGCAGGAUGAGGGUGGCUCGUAUGUUAGCACGAUGGAGACAUUUACCAACCUUGCUCCAAUUGUGGACAUGGUUGUGGUGGACCUGGAGCGUCAGGGACAGGGGCAGCUUGUCACCUGCUCAGGCGCGUACAAGGAAGGUUCUCUCAGGAUAAUCCGCAACGGAAUUGGAAUCCAAGAGCAUGCGUCCAUAGAUCUUCCAGGCAUCAAGGGGAUGUGGGCCCUGCGAGUAGCAACAUCAAACAAGUUUGACAACACACUUGUGCUUUCGUUUGUUGGACAGACACGGAUCCUCACUUUAAAUGGGGAAGAGGUCGAGGAGACCGAGAUACCGGGCUUUGUGUCUGAUCAGCAGUCAUUCUUCUGUGGAAAUGUGGACCAUGAGCAGAUCAUCCAAGUGACACCUUCAUCUGCACGCCUCAUCUCAGUGGACACCAAACAGCUGAUCCAUGAGUGGAAGCCUCCAUCUGAGAAGACAAUCAGUGUGGUCGCCUGUAAUGUCACCCAGGUGCUAUGUGCGGCAGGCAGUGACCUCUACUAUCUGGAGAUUUGUGAAAAGGAGCUGGUACAGAAAGGCCAAGCAACUCUGGAACAUGAAGUAGCAUGUCUUGAUGUCACACCUCUUCAAGACAGCAGUAAUAAAGCAGAGAUCGUGGCAGUGGGACUGUGGACUGACAUAUCAGCCCGCAUUCUGCACUUGCCUGGGCUUGAAGAGGUGAACAGGGAGUUUCUGGGUGGAGAAAUCAUCCCCCGCUCAAUUCUGAUGACCUGUUUUGAAGGAAUCAACUAUUUGCUGUGUGCACUUGGGGAUGGGUCCAUGUUCUACUUCUCACUUAAUAAACAGUCUGGCUUGCUGACAGAUAAGAAGAAGGUGACACUAGGAACACAGCCGACGGUUCUGCGCACGUUCAGAUCUCUAUCUACUACAAAUGUGUUUGCUUGUUCUGAUCGUCCAACAGUUAUCUACUCUUCUAACCACAAGCUCGUUUUUUCAAAUGUGAACCUGAAGGAAGUGAACCACAUGUGUUCCCUGAAUGCAGAGGCGUACUCAGACAGUCUGGCACUGGCAACUGACAGCACAGUCACAAUUGGGACUAUAGAUGAGAUACAAAAGCUGCACAUACGAACAGUUCCGCUCGGCGAGUCUCCUCGAAGAAUAGCCUACCAGGAGAGUUCACAGACAUUUGGCGUCAUCACCAUGCGGAUAGAUAUACAGGACUCUGCGGGGCUCAGCCCUGUGCGCCCUAGUGCCAGCACCCAGACACAGAGUACAACCUCAUCGUCAGCUAUGGGUUCACUGUCUAUGGUGAAACCUGGGGCUAUGGGUGCCAACACAGCUGCAGAAUUUGGGCAGGAGGUUGAGGUUCACAACCUGUUAGUUAUAGACCAGCACACAUUUGAAGUGUUGCAUGCCCACCAGUUCAUGCAGUGUGAGUACGCUCUGAGCUUAGUGUCCACAAAGCUUGGGGAUGAUACCAAUACGUAUUACAUCGUUGGCACAGCAUUAGUAAACCCAGAAGAGAGUGAGCCAAAACAGGGGCGGAUCCUCAUGUUCCAAUAUCAAGAUGGCAAGUUGCACCAGGUAGCUGAGAAGGAGAUUAAAGGGGCUUGCUACUCCCUCGUAGAAUUCAAUGGCAGACUGCUAGCCAGCAUCAACAGUACGGUGCGACUGUUUGAGUGGACAGCAGAGAAGGAGCUGAGGCUGGAAUGCAGCCAUUUUAAUAAUAUCAUUGCACUGUACCUGAAAACAAAGGGAGACUUUAUCCUGGUUGGGGAUCUCAUGCGGUCCAUGACCCUCCUUCAGUACAAGACGAUGGAAGGCAGUUUUGAGGAAAUGGCAAGAGAUUAUAACCCCAACUGGAUGACAGCGGUGGAAAUCCUGGAUGACGAUACAUUCCUUGGAGCUGAAAAUUCAUUCAACUUGUUCGUCUGUCAGAAGGACAGUGCUGCCACUACAGAUGAGGAGCGCCAGCAGAUGCAGGAAGUGGGCCAGUUCCACCUGGGGGACAUGGUGAAUGUCUUCAGGCAUGGGUCUCUUGUGAUGCAGCAUGUAGGGGAGUCAUCCACACCGACGCAGGGCUGCGUAUUGUUUGGGACCGUCAGUGGUGCCAUUGGCUUGGUGACUCAGAUUCCUGCAGACUUUUAUGAUUUCUUGCGUGAACUGGAGGAAAAGCUGACACAUGUCAUAAAGUCAGUCGGCAAGAUCGAGCACUCGUUCUGGAGGAGUUUCAACACGGACAUCAAGACAGAGCCAUGUGAGGGCUUUAUUGAUGGGGACUUGGUAGAAAGCUUCUUGGAUCUGUCUCACAACAAGAUGAAAGAGGUGUCACUAGGCUUGCAGGUCGACAGUGGGAGUGGAAUGAAGCAAGAGGCCACUGUGGAUGACCUUGUCAAGAUUGUUGAAGACCUCACAAGGAUACACUGAUUACUGAAGUGUCUUUGACAGAUGGUAAGUGUUUUGAGUCGGUCCUUUGAGAUAUGUUCGUCAAAACCCCCAUGGUACAAAGAAGAGGGAAGGAAGUUUCUCUUCUUCAUAAAUGAAUCUCAUUAGUCAGAUUAAGGCACUUCUGAGUUUGUUGUGGAUGGGAAUGUGUAUGAACUCCUACCCUACAUCAGCGUAACAUUGUGGGACUGUAAACAUUACUUCGGUACAGGUUCAUUCAUUGCCAGUCUUGCUGGUGCAGCUACAGGAAGACAGUGAUGCAUUUCAUGCAGUAGAUGGAAUCUCUGGCAUUUGAUGCAAAUUUAAACUAGAAACAUUAAUCAAAUUAACAAGAUUGAAGAACUGCAGGCACAGAGAACGGUAUGUUAUAUAUUUAUAGUAUUCCAUCCUGGGGCUAGGGAAGGAUCGGGUACAAGGAAUUGGACAAACUCACUGGACCUUGUUCUACUGGUGACAUGACAUUUAGUAUUUCUGUCUGUGUGUGGUAGUAUCAGCCUUGAAGUAGAAUGGUGGCUUUCCAACAGAAAAAGUUUGUUUUUGUUUAUGUUUGAGUGGCUUUAUCACAUCACAAACAUGAGGAAGUGUGUAAAGAAAUAUCAGCUUUAUUUGUAAAUAAAGAGAAGUGUGCCCAUUUCUGUAUUUUUGCAUACCUGCCUACAGUUUGUCCAAAAUUAAAAUUAAUGUUUGUUUUAAUCUCUGUACAGCUGGAAAUAUUAAGAAAUGUGGCAUUUUUCCAAAAUGUG